AAAAACCGGAGUCGCGUCAGCAACGUCGAACUGAAAACAACGCGACUUUGGCCGGAAGAAGCCACAAUCGAAAGUCAGACAACGAAAUAUUACGCAUACGCCGCGUUGAACCGAAAAGAAUUGCAAGUGAAGUGAUACGAAAAAAUACGGAAAAAAACGUUUACCUCCUUGGCUCGUUAGUGGAUUUUUUUGUUGCCUUUUUGGGCAGUUUACGAGCGGCUCAGCAUAAAUUGCUGGUCCCCAUAUAAUCUCCACGCUCCGCUGGCCAUAUCCCAUUUCCCAUUUGCACGGCCGUAAUGAGGCAAUGAGACGAGGGGCAGCCGGAAAAGCAACAGCGGGAAAAUCCGCAGCGGAGCCAUGACAUCUGGAGUCUGCCGGAGUCUGGAGCUUUGGCCUCUGCCCGAGUGAAAAACCUCCAUUCCAGCGAUGCUGCGUGAUAUCUUUCUGUAUUUAGUUCUAAUCGUUUUAUUUUGCUUCAUUUUCAUGGCGCAGUUAAUCGUCAACGUUUACGCAUUCCAACGCCAGCCGUCGCCCCACAAAGCGGAGCGCAAUGAAAUUAUAUUUGUCUAGAAAGGAGACAAGCACCACCCACAGAACCACCCAAAAGACACGGAAAAUAAUGUUUCAAGAAUGAUAUUUCAAUUUAAAAUGUAACUGAUACAAAAAGAGUCACAAAAUCAGAGUCAUUUAUAGACAGAAAUAUAAAGGGCUAAAAGUUUUUAGAAUACAUUUAUAUUAGUCAUGAAGAAGACUGUAUCUUCCAAACCAUAUAGAAUACAUUAUAUCGCAGAUCUCACCAAUAUUAAUUUUCCAAAGAAAAUAUACAUAAUUUUAAGACGGCUCCAAAACCAAAGACAUUUUAUCCAAAGUAAUGUAGGGUUAUAAAAACCUACAAAAUAGGUAACGGUAAGCCGAAAAUAAUUUAAUUAUUUUAAAAAACAAUUUUUUAGCGUAUAGAUAUUAUCAAACAAUAGCCAUUUUAAUUGACGAAAUCACCAUUUAAUAAUGCAUAACUUGAUAAUAAACCAUAGUGUUAAGUAAUAGGUCCAACAUUUACUCUUUUUUGCUGUGCACUCUUGAGGGCAAAAAAAAAGAGGUUGAAAAAUGAAGACGCUACAAAAGCAAAGGCUACAAGUCAAGCCGCGGUGGUUUCCAUUUAAUAAGAAAAGGAACUCAACUAGGUUCAACUCUCAGUCGAGUGAGAAAAGUGGGAAAAAGCGCAGGGAAUGAGGGGGAAAAUGUGGAGGAAAAUGGUGGG